CUUUUGACAAUAAGCGACAUUCCCCGCUUCGUCGACAAACAGUAACAACAAUGGUCAAGUUCCUGAAGAACGGAAAGGUCGUCCUGGUCCUCAACGGCCGAUACGCCGGCAAGAAGGCCGUCAUCGUCAAGAACUUUGACGAGGGAACUGCCAAGCACCCCUACCCCCACGCCGUCGUUGCCGGUGUUGAGCGCUACCCUCUGAAGAUCACCCGCGGUAUGGGCCAGAAGAAGGUCGCCAAGCGCUCCAAGGUCAAGCCCUUCAUCAAGGUCGUCAACUUCAACCACAUCAUGCCCACCCGCUACAACCUUGAUGUCGACCUCAAGGCUGUUGUUACUGCCGAUACUUUCAAGGAGCCCACCCAGCGCAUCGCCGCCAAGAAGGCCAUCAAGAAGCUCUUCGAGGAGCGAUACAACUCUGGAAAGAGCAAGUGGUUCUUCCAGAAGCUCCGCUUCUAAAUGGCUGCUGUGGGACCCCUGCGUUUGUAUAACGGCCGUUGUUGAAUAAAUUGGUAAAUGUCGUCAAAUAUGGACAGCACCAACCGUCCCUGCGACAGGCACCAUCCGUCACCACA